AUGGUAAUAACAAGGUCACAACAACGAAAAAUUGACGAGCAAAACCAACGACAGUGUUCUGAAGAAGUAGAUCCACUUGAUAAUAUUGAAAGUAAAGCAAUCUCUAAAAUUCUACCUACUGAAGUAUCUCUUAAUCCACAAGCAAUACCAUUUGAAAUGACCGAUAAACUCUUAAUUUCUCGAAUCAGCAAACAGUUAGAUCAAUGGCCUACAUUUGGUGGAAAAUUAACUGAAAAUGUGAUUAAAUGGUUAAAAGAUAUUACGAAUGAACUAGAUGUUGUCAAGUUUGAUGAUAGUCAAAAAUUGAGUGUAAUUCAAACUUCUUUGAUUGAUGAUGCUAGAAAAUGGUUUAUUAGUAAUAUGGAAAAAAUAAAGACAUCGUCCGAAUUCAAUGAAGCAAUUAAACAAUCUUUUUCAUCAACAUUCGCGAAGGAAGCCACUCUCAGCAAAGUGGCUCAACGUAGUCAAGAUGUUGGCGAAACCGUUAUGCAUUAUUAA